UUCUAAUAGUAUACGUUUCACCGUUUGGUUAAUUGUUUAAUCUCCCCCAACAUCAUCCUGAAUGCGACUCCAGUGCCCAGUCCUUUACGAUCUCACCUGCAAUGUCGACCACUAACAUUAAAGACGAAUCAUCCAAGUUGCCUGAACAGCUAUUCCUCGACUACCCGGUUGCGCACGUCCCGAACAAGAGCAGCAGACGAUCAUGGGUCGAACCAUGGGCUUCGGAGUACUGCGCAGCCAUCUCAGAAAAGCGGUAUGGGGACGCCAUCUGGGCACGAUACAAUAUGGAUGGAACAACAGUCGAUGGCCAACUAAAAAGCCUCAGCAUGACUAAGGAUGGCACCAUUGAGGAAGUUAGUGUUCCUGUAUACGAAGUUAUCAUGGAAGAUGCUCGAGGUUACGCAAAAGACUGCCCUGAACACUAUCGGGACGCAUUGCUGCUCUACAACACCACCAGCCCGAGCGAUAGUCGGCGGGAUAUUAUCGAAGGAUUGACUCAGAUUGACAUUGGCUCGAACCUUGUGACCCGGGCAAUCUCAUCACUUCGUGAUAUGCUUGGAUUAUAAUAAUGGCUGGUGUACACGGUAAGUUAGUGAUGGAAUCGCGUUGUGGGGUCAAAGUGAUAGGAAAAUGUCGAAUAGAAGGAACGGAAGAGAGAAAUAGAGGAGCUGUAAACUAUCAAAGCAGCUGGAG